AUGAGACCCUCGUUUUCUCUUAUGGAAGCACUGGAGGAGGUGAAUCAACAGGGUAAAGUUCAGGACAUUGAGCUGAAGAAGAACAGGGACUGCCUCACUAACAUGAAGGUGACACUUUCAAAAGUUGAGAAGAGUCGUGAGGAUGCACAGCUUGAUUUAAAGACCAUUGAGAGGAAGAUGCAAAGCCUUGAAGAUGAAAUGGAGCAACUGCAAAGGCACUCCAGUGAUCUGGAAUCAGAGUCGCAAGCAAUAUGGAUGGAAAACAUGAGGCUUCAGUUCCAAAUAGAGGAGGAGGAGGAGAGGUUUCAGCAGUUGCUGGCAGGGUACAACACUUAUCGAGACAAAAUGGAAGGCCACAAAUUUGCCAUCGCCGAGGAGGAGAGCCAAACUGCUGUUCACAGGGAGCUGGUGGAAAAGAGAGCGGCCAUUAAGAGGCUAGCUGGAAAGAGAGAGGAAUUGAGAAGUGACCUAUUGAACCCAGAGGGAAAUGUUGUGAAGCAAGCACAGAAAGAAAUUGAAGAUGUGAGGAAGCAGAUUUCUGCUGUGAAAGAAAUCAUACAUGAAAGAACACAACUGCUGGUGAAGGAGCAAGAGACCCACACAAGACUGAGGAAGGACAUUGAGAUUCAGAACAGACGCUGUGAAGCCAUACUAAGGCGCCUACAUUGUCAGUUGAACAAGGCCCAGUCCAACCGCAGGCAGCUCACUGACGACAUCUGUCGCAUGGAAGAGGAAGUGGGCGAUCUUAGGAGUUGUUUGGGAAUUGCGGAGUACACCCAGGAGGAGUUUUAA